AGACAAGGCUGGGCAUGAAAUCCUUUUCUUAGGCUCCAUUGUAAAUGUCUUAACUUCACUUGUGAACCAAACCCUGGAUAUCUCUUUGCUUCGAGUGUGUUGGCCUCAGACGUGGAUGUGCUGGUGACAGGUAUGUGUGGGAAUACUUGUAAGUCUGUGGCUGAGGGGAUAUGUUUAAGGUUUAAGUGAAGGAACUGCAGGAACUAAAACAACAGGACAUGUAAGUCUUUCAAAAUAAAACAGGAAAUGCAACACAGAUUAGUGAGAUGGCAGAAAGAUUUAUGUGGUCACAUGCAUUUACAAAGUCCAAGACAGAACAUGAAGACGUGGAUCAUAUGAGACGUGGAGUAACACAAUAAAUUAUUAACACACAAAUAUCUGACACAUAGUUUGACAAAGUGACCAGUAAAACAAAGCUGAAACCAGUCUGCUGUCUGCCACAACAAAUUCUGUCUGAUCUGCAUUGAAAGGUUGAAAUAUUUAUGGUAAAUAACUAAAUUCCCUCUAAUGACUAAUGUGACCCCCCAGAUUGAUUUGCUGCACUGUUCGUUGUGCUGCUGUAACUAACCACACCUGCGCCCUUUAAUGGACCAAGUUCAGACAGGGAAAAACAUUCGGUAAAAUAAAGCACAGUUGUGAGUACAAAGAAAAUUCACUGUGGACAAAUGCUGACCUGCCAUUAACUGUUAUAAAUUAUGAACAGCAGGGUAAUGGCACUGCAAUAUUCAGUAAAAAACAAAAUAAACCAAUAAAUCUCUUUUGAAAACACUGAAUGCUUAGUCCGUAAAACAUUCAUUCAGAACACAGAGAUGAAAAUAACUAACUGGAAAAACGUAAAAUACGUACAAUAAAUGUCUCAACAUGAAGCUUCUGAGUACAGAAAUUUCCUUUUAUGUGCCCCAUAUAGAUUAACGACAUUUGCAUUAAAAAUGUGAUUAAACACAUUAAGCUGCUACCCUCAGCCAUUACAUCCCUGAACACCAGCCUUCCACAUGACCAAAGUCUGAGCUGUUUGAGGUUAAAAUGCUCCUGAUACGGGUUGUCACUGGGAGGAAGGAGGAAGUGGACCACAUAGAGAAGGCCAGGGGCUGGAGAAGAAGACUAUACAGCCUGGGGCAAAAGCCAUGAUGGGCUCUAUAGGCCUGGGGGCAGGGUUUGGUUUACGCCCUGCCAGAGGAGGUGCUGACAGGAAGGCGUGAUGGUGGAGCAGGAGAGGAAGCAUUAUUGUUAUUAUUAGCCUCAGCACACAGAGAGUGAAUGUGUUGUGAUGGUAGAUGAAUUUAGCCUUCACGUGGAGAGAUUAGAAGGAGGCUGCGGGUCGGAAGAGCACACAACACCUAAAAUUGGAUUUGCCUCCAGGGGCCGGUGGUUGAGGUCCACUUGGCCUGGCUGUGUGCGAAGAUCAGUGGUAUUGUCAGUCCUAAUGGAUGCCCCAGGUAGGGCUGUUUCUGAUAAGGGAGGAGUAUUGGCUUUAGUGGUGGAGAUACAAGCUUGGUUAACUCCACGUCUAAAAGAGCUUCUUCUCUCUCUGCAGGUGAAAACACUUUGUUUUCAGGGUGUACACAAGCCCAGGCGUCGGAGCGUUCAACCCUCGCCUGCUAGUCACGACAGCCCGAAUGUUCAAUUUGGUAUCACACAGGUUGGAAUCUCUGCAGCCGGUGGCGUGCUGUUUCACCAUCAGAUACGGAUCAGGGCUCAGUUAGGGCCUCGGAGGCUGUGGAGACUCCAGUCUUGAGAUAGCAUGUGGGGAAAGAGGAGGAGGAGGGGAGAAACAGUAGGAGCAGAAAGGCAGGCGGUGCGCUCUCAACACCACCGGCCUAUCUGCCCCGCUUCCUUUCGCCACUGUGCGCUGACACAGCACGGCGAUGGCAGAGGUUUCACUCCGGCGCAGCAACUGCCGCCGAGGCCCCGGGACCUGAACAUAACCCAGGGCAAAGAGAGCGCCUGCAUGUAUCUCAACCAAUAUGCCAGCACAGCGUAACACAAGGCUGAGCACGGGAGGAGAGAGAGAGAGAGCAACCUCAUCCACAGGGCAGAGGCAGAAAUACUGGAUGGCAAGCUUUCUGUCUUCAUAUGAGGCACAUUAAUCCUCACAGUGGCUCCCAUCUUUAUUCAUUCAUUGGCCUGCGGUGUCCACUCAAUCAGUCAGUUAAAGGCUGGCCUGAUGGAGCGAGCCCUGCACACCCACCACAGUGAUGGAGGUGGAGAGAGGAGAGGAGGGCAGGCUCCACACCAUAUAGCCUGAGCAGACACUGCAGCACAGAGAUACAAACAAGAGUGGGUUGGGGAGGAAGAGGAGGAAAUGUGAGGGUGCUCUUUUAAAUAAUGAGGCAAGGGGGGAGGAGAAAAUGGGGGGGCGGGCGGGUGAGACAACUGGAGGUGAAAAGAGAGCAGCCUUGUAUGAAGAGUGAGCGAGACUGAGAGGUUCAAAUUAGAGGAAGGAGAGGACCGUCAGCAUCAAGAGGGAGCGAUAGGGAGAGAUCCAGGACGACGACAACAACACCUCCACAGACUACUGAGCAGCAGCAGCAGUGUGACGUCCCCUCAUCGUGGGCCGGUGGUUCCAUCCACCUGAAGAUUUCUGAGACAAUUCUCAUUACCAGCGGUGGCAGCGCAGCACUUGGAAAGGGUGAAUCAAUCUGACAGGGAGAGCGAGAGAGAGAGAGAGAGAGGAGGGGGGAGAAACAGUGAGGGAGACUGAGGAGAGAGAGUGAGAGGAGGAGAGGAAGACAGCGUCGGCGGCGGCUCUGCAGUGGAAUACGCUGUUAUUUGAGGGAAGCUGAGAGCUCUCGGAGUACCCGACGGACGAGCGCGUGUUGAGCGAGACGCGUUUCGGGACUUGACCGGCAGCAUCAGAACAUGAAGUAACUCCUGGGUUCUUCUCACUUCACAGAAAAGCCUCACUCAAAUCCCCAGCCAACGUGGGAAAAAAAGGGAAUAACAUCUGUUUAUCUGCACAUUUCUAUGUUCAAAAAGCAAGAGGAGAAAACACAGAGAUCGACGGAGGACAGAAAACAUCUCGGAGGAUGCAGAAUUAGACGGAACAAAUUGUCACCGGAGGACCAAAGGGAAAACAAACUCCUUCUCGCGAAUCCACCAGCGUGGAGUCACCUCACCUGUACCUUCGGAUUAAAGAGCAGGGUCAUGUCCCAGUUGCCAUGCGCAUCGUCACGCUGACCUGCCUUCCCGGCCCUUCCCCCUUCCUCUUUCUAUUGGCCCAGCUGCUACUGCGGCUCCUCCUCCCCGGGCCGGAGUUGGUGGGAGCCGCCUCCUCCUGCCCCUCCCUUUGCACCUGCUCCAACCAGGCCAGCCGAGUCAUCUGCACCAGGCAAAACCUGGAGGAGGUGCCCGAAAGCAUAUCAGUCAACACGCGAUACCUCAACCUACAGGAGAACUCCAUCCAGGUUAUCAAGUCAGACACUUUCAAGCACUUGAGGCACCUGGAGAUCCUCCAGCUCUCCAAGAAUCAAAUCCGUCAGAUCGAAGUCGGAGCAUUCAAUGGCCUCCCAAACCUCAACACGCUGGAGCUCUUCGACAACCGCCUCACACUGGUGCCAUCACAUGCCUUUGAGUACCUCAGCAAGCUGCGAGAGCUGUGGCUGCGCAACAACCCCAUUGAGACUCUGCCAGGCUAUGCCUUCCACCGUGUGCCCUCGCUACGUCGCCUGGACCUGGGUGAGCUCAAGAAGUUGGAUUUCAUCUCUGACGCGGCCUUCGUCGGCCUCAUCAAUCUACGAUACCUGAACCUGGGUAUGUGUGGGCUGAAGGACAUUCCUAAACUAACGGCCCUUGUUCGUUUGGAGGAGCUGGAGCUGUCGGGAAACCGGCUGGAGAUCAUCCGACCUGGUUCCUUCCAGGGCUUGGUGUCCCUCCGCAAGCUGUGGCUAAUGCACUCACAGGUGUCCGUCAUUGAGCGCAACGCCUUCGAUGACCUGAAAAACCUGGAGGAGCUCAACCUGUCCCAUAACUCCCUGCACUCCUUGCCCCACGACCUCUUCACACCGCUUCACCAGCUGGAGCGAGUACACCUGAACCACAACCCCUGGGUCUGCAACUGUGAUGUGCUUUGGCUUAGUUGGUGGUUGAAAGAGACAGUGCCCAGCAACACCACCUGCUGUGCACGCUGCCAUGCUCCCCCGUUCUUAAAGGGCAAGUACAUCGGAGAGCUUGACCAGAGCCACUUCACUUGCUAUGCGCCUGUCAUUGUGGAGCCACCUACAGAUCUCAACGUCACUGAGGGUAUGGCUGCUGAGCUCAAGUGUCGCACAAGCACCUCCACCACAUCUGUCAACUGGAUCACCCCUAAUGGCACUUUAAUGACCCAUGGCUCUUACCGGGUGCGGAUAUCUGUCCUGCAUGAUGGCACGCUCAACUUCACAAAUGUCACUCUGCGCGACACGGGCCAGUACACAUGCAUGGUCACCAAUGCUGCUGGCAAUACCACAGCAACCGCUGUCCUCAACGUCACGGCCGCGGAUGCCAGUGUCAACUACACCUACUUUACAACUGUCACCGUGGAAACAGUGGAGACCCCAGGAGAUGAAGACUCUGCGUUAGUAGCCAUCAAUGAGACCUUCAUCCGUGUUCACCCUGGCCCGACUCCCUCAGGCCACCUGAGGCCAGAAGGUAUUCCCACCACCGCCUCCUCUCUGUCAGCCGGCUGGCCCUCCUCCUCACCUCGGGCCACCCGACCAACCUUCACUGUGCCCAUCACUGAGCCGGGCUUCUCAGGCCUGGAUGACGUGAUGAAGACCACCAAGAUCAUCAUUGGCUGCUUUGUAGCCAUUACCUUCAUGGCAGCGGUGAUGCUGGUGGUGUUCUACAAGCUGAGGAAGCAGCAUCAGCUGCAUAAGCACCACGGUCCAGCUCGGGCCAUUGAGAUCAUCAACGUGGAGGAUGAGCUGGGGGCCGGGGCCAGUGGUCGGGGUAGCGGCAUCUCAGGAGGCUCCACCAUGACGCAGAGCGGAAGCAGUGGAAUAGGAGGGGGCCAGAGCCUCAGGCUGCACCACCCAGAGAUAGUCAACCUGCCAAACCUGGCCCGAUCGGAGCACCUCAACCACUACUACAAAACCCAUCACUUCAACAACAACAUGAUGGGCCUGGGCAUGGGCACAGGUUCUGGUGUGGGCCUCAACAACAACAACAACCCCUCACCUUGCGCCCAGUCUCAGAACACAUCUAUAACCUGUUCCCAGGUUCCGACCUCCACCAGCGGAGGAACACCCACAGGUGGCACCUUGCCCUCACCUGUGCCCCUGCCCCAGUUGGGUCUCCACAGUUCUCUGAAAGGCCUUAUGGGGAAAAGCCAGAACGAGCCCCUGCUUUUUAAGAGCGGCUCCAAGGAAAAUGUGCAAGAGACUCAAAUCUGAGUAAAAGUGAGAGUGGAAGUAAGAGGUAAGAAGGGCGAGAUGCUGGAUAGAGACAGUGAGACAGAAAGAGCCCGUGAGACCAAGAAUAUGAGACUUAUUGUAGCCUACUGUCCUCGUGGACAGAUCCCAGAAAAGAUUAUAUUUCACAUAGCUUGCUUUGUGUUGUCAAUCUGUUGACAGAGACAGGCAGAUAGGAAGACUGAAGGAGACAGAAUACAAUAUCUGAACAGCACUAGUCGCACCAACAACAACCGCACAUACUUUUAAACUAAAUCGAACAUCAGAAUCAUUCAGUUACCUGCGCAACCUGCCAUAGUCUUUGCCAAAGUCCGAGAUCAAGCCAACUCGUUUCAUUCACAUCCACAAUCACAGUGGAAGGCUAUGAAUAAUACACGUGUGCAAUGAGCCUCUCUAGGUUUUAUACAGAUUGCUUCGUAUAUUUCCAGACACAUUCAGUGUAUAUAUUUGGAGGGAGACAUAAUUUUGGCCAUUGAACAUGUUGUCAGAUUAGUGUUUGGCAGAGACACUGAAUAACAAACAAUGGUCUGGGUGAGCAGCACCGUCCCAGGUUUCCAGGAAGCACUAAAACAAAACAGAGGAAGCAAAAUUAGAGCCGUGCAGCGAUUCUGUCCAGGAAACACGCGUCAAGAUUAGUACUUUGCAGGCAGACGGAGCCACAACAAUAGUUUUUUUUUUGGUUUUGUUUUAUUUCCAGAGUGGUUUCACUCUCACUUUCUCACUUUUUCACCUUACUGGCUACUGUCUUCUUUAAAGGAGGAGAGAAACAGGACGGUCUGUCAUCGGAGAAGAAAAACACUAUGGCAUCAAGGACAAUGAGAGAUACUGAAAGGACCGAAAGUACAUAUUAUAUAUACGGUAAAUAUAUUUUCAUUCAAAGAAAUAAAUUAUAAAGAAUCUUUAUCGAGCUUCUGACUGAAAACUACGGCAUCUGAAGAAUAUAUAUGAGGGGGAAAAAAAUACACGCAGCUGUCGUGGUGUGGCCCUCCCUUACAACUUUUCCGAGCUUGGAAUAAAGAUGGCCGCUCCGACUGUGACAUGUGGGAGAGUGGCGUCUGUCGAGGGGGAGCUCAAACAAAAUCCUGGCAAAGUGUUUGAGUGAGUUUAUUUUGGUCUUGACUUUUUUGUAGCCACACAAAGUGUUUUCCCUCUCCUGUCGCAUUCCCAUAAACAGGGUCACCGGAGAAGGGAGCUGUUUACGCUCUGCUGCGCAAAUAUGAGAUACGACCGCAGCUCUCCAUCAUUUGGUACACAGCGUAGCUCCAGUAUUAAUAAUAAUGAUCAUCAUGGUAGUAAUGAUAACAAGCUUUAUUUGUCAUAAUGAUCAUUUGAAGAUUAACACGUUAAAUGAUAAACUGUAUGUAUUGACAAAAAUGUGCACAUGCUCGUUUAGCAUGAGCUCUAAGAGCAAAAUGAGAAAUUUCUCGACAUUCGGUUCAGCGUAUAGAUCUGUCACACUGAUGAUUUGACAUUUCAUUGUUAUUAUGUUAUCAUUAUUAUCAUUCAUGUGGCUAUUAUUAUUACUACUUGUGCCUACCAAUAGCUGAGAAGUACGUUUUGUUUUGGGUUUUUUUUUUUCAUUUGUAUAUGAAGUUGUUUUAUGCCUGAUCCUGUCGGACUUCGGCUAACAAACGGCAGCGGGACGGACUCAGCGCACCACUAAGUGAACUCCUCAUUGCAUCAGCAGGAAAUAACCUGGCCUUCAAAAUGGCUUCCUCAGUCCAGCCCUCACUGACUCGUCCGCUCUGAUGUCUCAAGCAGUCAGGAACCCUCAUGUUAUCACGCAUUAAAGACAGGACAUGAACCUUUGAUGAAGACUGCUCCUUUGCAGGGGAUUUAUUUCACAACUGUAUCUCAGUGUUAUCGUGUGUGAGUGGAUUUCAUGGCAGCAGGGAGCUAAAUGGACGACAGGCAUUGCCAAGCAUUUUUAAAGGUAAGCGAAGCUCGUUCAGUGAGGGAGAAGGUAACAGACAGUGCAGUAUACAGUGAAGGGUGAAUUUUUUCUAAAGAAAAAGGACAAUUAAAUGAAAAAAUAUAGAACCUUAUAGAUCUCUUUUAAAAAAAAAAAACAAAAUUAUUAUGGUAAGUGUUUUUCAUUUUGGGUUUUUAUCUAGUUUGAUUAUUUUCUGUUUUUUUAAAUCAAGUAUUAUCUUUAUUGUAAUAUUGUUAUUGUUAUUAUAAUUAGCUAAUUACACUGGUUAUAAUUAUGAGAGAUGUUCUGUUAGCAGAGGUCACUUUGAAAAUUAAAAAAACCUGGCACAUAAAAUGGCAGUUGAAGUCUGUGAAGUUUGGUGGCAAUCAUCAUUAUUCUUCUUCUUCUUUUUUUUUUUCUUUUUGUUAUGAUCAACUUGGAUUGUAGUAUCACUGUUUGUUUCCCUUUGGCUGUGCUUGGGAUGAGACGUAGCGAAUGUGAAGUGGUCAGCAUCGGGCCCUUUUCGCCUGCUUUGUUUGUGUUUUUCUGCACAGGGGGACAGGAAAGGCCCUGCUCUGGUUUUCAGGCGCGCUCACACUGGCUCUUUCCUCUCCUGAAUGUCAUCGCCAUCACAGUGUUCAGAGUGCGACUGCGCUAUGUCAACACCUCGUUGCCAUGGCUACACACUAAGACAAAUGCGCCAAACAGGGUCACCGUCGGCGCCUCGUAAGGCACCCUGUUGCCCCUUGUCACUCACGCUCCUUUUAGGUGCCGAAUCUCGACGAGCCGGCCAGUGUUCCUUCAAUGGUAGCAAAUCAACCUGAGCAUUGUACCCGUGUCCUCGCAUAAAAUCCCCCCCCCCCCCCAGCCCUCAGCAUCCUGCCAUCAGGUUUCCCUGGCAACUGAUGUCACUGCGACAGCCCUUAUCACAGCGUCUUGAUUUGGGUUUCGAAUGCUAAGCAGACGGGAGCAGACGGUAUAGAAUCUCACCCGUGUGUGCACGUUCGUCCAUCUGUGCUGGUCUUUUUUUUUCCUCGUUUCCUCGUUUAAUGUAUUUGAUUUGUUCACACCAACAAUUAUAUUCCUUACACCGCUGACUCUCCGUCGCUGAAUCAUGCGGUCUACAUGCCACUAUCCCCUAUGCAUUUAAUUUGCAUAGGCCCCACACCAUUGCUUAACGUAUUUAUGCACCCUACAAUUGUGAUUAACACCCUGCUUGAGUCAUUAACAUAUUCCUUUCCCAGCACAAGGAAUCCAUAUUCCCCCUCACAAGUUAUUUACAUAUUCAUCUGCCUCUGUGUGUGCAAAUAACGGAGAAAUUAUCAUGUGGGCGUGCUUAUGGGUUCGAGUGUAGUGUGUGUGUGAGUGUGUGACAGUUUUUUGUACACCAGUGGCUGAAAACAAGGACUGUUACAAUAGCUAUUUACCCCUAAUUCCUCAGAUACCACGGGCCCUGCCCGCCGCCUGUAGUAGCUCAUCACUUUGGAAAGCGUCGUGUAGCCCCUAUAGCUCCUGUGAAGUGGCACAAACCAGAGGCCAUGUUGUUGAGGCUCUGUGUUAGGGAGAGCAGCGGUUGAGCUGGAGACACAAAGUCACAGUGCUGCAGUGUCUGAGUCACAGAGCACCGAACACACUCCCAACACUCUAAUGGAAAUGCUGUGUUUACUGUGCAGGAAGGGACCCGCUCGUUCAUCCAUUCAGGGAAUAGGUGAAAAACAGCAGUAUAUGGGUUUGUGUGUGUGUGUGUGUGUGUGUGUGUGUGUAGUGGACAUGCAGCUCUGGAUUAUAAAAUGUCUGUUCUACUGUUGUAUAAGGCAAAGAAAUCAGGACAUUUGAAGCUGUACGCUGUUUAUGGAAAAAGGUGUUACACCAUUGUUAAUGCAGUACUGCUCAGUGUGCGUGUGUGUGCGUGCGUGCGUGUGUUCAGGUGGGCUUACACUAGCGAGGUUGUGUAAGGAGGGGAAGAGGGAGGAGGAGCGGUCAGACCUCCAUUUUAAAUCCCCCAGUUCAAACCCAGCUCUGUCUGUCUCCCUCUGCUUCAGGCUACUUUUAUGAUCCUCUCGCUGACACUUAAAGUAAAAACAGGAUUUUUUUU